UCUGCCCUGCCCCAUGUCUCCCUUCCACGAGUGCUGCCUGCCCGCGGGCCUGGCGUGCCCCGAGCCCUUCGCCGUGACCCGCAACGACACCUGUGUCAUCAAGUACCCCGACACCGUGGUGGACAUCGUGGAGCCCGACUUUCCCCCCUACUCCGUCAUCUACCCCGGGCCCACGCUGACCACCUUCCCCCAGCAGACCCUGGUGGGCUCCACGGCCCUGCUGGACAUCAGGAACUUCCUGGGCUCCCAGGGAUUCCUUGGGUUUGGGGGCCAACUUAAACCCUGCCUGGAUAUCUGUGGAUAGACUGAAAAGCACCACUGAGCAGUCAGACAGAGCCCGACUAAAGUUUAUGGAUAAUGGAUUGUAGAAGUGCCGAGCUCCCGAGUUCCCAUGGAG